UUAUUAACACUUCAGACAGUUAUUAUUUGCAGUGAAACACUCGUUUAUGUAAUAAUGUUUUUCAUUGAUUCAUAUGUUAGUCCAACUUUACUUAAAUUUUUUUAUGGAUUAGUGACUCUAUCCGUGGUCAAUUAUGUCAUCAAUUUUGUGCAACGAGUCCGUAAACUACCUCCUGGACCAUGGGGACUACCGAUUGUUGGGUACUUUCCUUUCAUUAGACGAGAUGCUUACAAACAGAUGACGGAGUUGGCUGCAAAAUAUGGACCAGUUUUCAGUUUCAAGUGUGGCCAGUUUGAUGUUGUUGUUAUUAACCAAUGGAAGUUUAUUAAAGAGGCUUUGGCGAAUGAACAUUUGCUUGGUCGACCUAAAGAGACUUUUUUGCCUGGUGUCAUUGAACAUGCCUCAUUAAUCGAAAUGACUGGUGAACCUUGGAGGCAACAACGACGAGUUACUUUAACUACACUUCGAGAUGUUGGCUUAGGGAAGAGAGAAACGGAAGAUUCGAUUAGAGACGAAAUUAAAUCUUUUACUGAAUUAAUCAAAUCUUUUGAAGGCAAACCAAUAUCAAUGCUUCACAGACUAUCAUUGAGUGUAUCAAACAAUAUAUCAACUCUUUUACUUGGACAUAAACACUCUUAUGAUGAUCCUGUUGCCACCAAUAUGGAAAGUUUGUUUUUCAAAGUAAAUGAAAUGUUACGUUUCUUCAAUAUCACAUCAUUUCUGCCAGCAGUCGCGCGCUUGAUUAUUAAAUUGAAUCUUUCCGGUUUACGCGAAAUUAAUUCUUCAUUCAACGGCUUCGAAUCUUAUAUUAAUGAUGAGGUUAAUGAGCACCGAAAAAAAGACAUCGAUGACAAAGAAAUAAAAGAUUACUUUGAUGGAUUCCUUCAUGAAAUGUCCAAAAGACAAAACGAAAAGGAUUCAACUUUCAAUUUGAAUACUUUGAAACGGAACGGGACCUUAUUUUACACUGCUGGCUCUGACACCAUUUCAAAUACACUCAAAUGGAUGAUGUUGUAUCUGGUCAAGUAUCCUGAAUACCAGGUUAAGCUACGAGAUGAAAUUAAACAGACCAUUGGAUUAAAUAGACAACCAGAAAAUGUGGAUCGACAACAAAUGCCUUUAACAAUGGCAUUCAUCUACGAAACCUUGCGAUUCUCUUCAUUAGUUCCCCUCAAUCUAAUGAGAAGAGCAACUGAAGAUACCAAAGUUGGAGGCUAUUCAAUACCCAAAGAUAGUUUUGUUACAUUCAACUUCUGGUCAGUCCAUUAUGAUCCAAAUUUAUGGGAUAAGCCUGAGCAAUUCAAACCUGAACGGUUUCUUAACGAAGACAAAUCUAAAGCCAUCAAACCACCUUAUCUGCUUGCAUUCAGUAGCGGAAAAAGAGUUUGUCCUGGAGAAAGUUUUGCUUAUCUUCAGUUAUUCUUGUAUCUUGUGUCCUUUUUACAGCAAUUUGAAAUAACAGCAGAACCAGGAAAAGAUAUUUCAUUAGAAGGGAUUCACCAUUUUCUGUUUUUACCCAAAACUUUACCCGAUUUCGUUUUCAAAACUGCUGACCAAACAAUUUAAAAAAGAUGCCACUAAAUUAUGGAAGGAGAGGAACCCAAUCGUGCCGAGUUGUCAUUUUGAUAGCAUCAACAUUUAAUAGCAAACGUAUUGUAAAGAUAUUCACUUUCAAUGAAAUAAAUUGAAUAGUUUUGCGUUUAA